UCUUCAUUUGGGGAUCUUUUUCCGCUGCCGGUUUUCUUGGGCUUUUUUCUUCGUUUGCUGGCGCUGAGAUUGAAUCGCCGAGUCUGUUCAAGUUCGAAAGUUUCCACCUCUGCUACCACCGAGUCUUUUUUCAGCUCUUCUUAUUAGGGCGCUUCUUUGCGCGAUUGCCCCCAAGAUUGGGCGUUGGAAUUGGAGCUGUUUUGGCGUCCAAAAUAUGGUAGAAAUGUGGACUUUAACCCCUAGAAAGGUCCCCCAUGUUUCCCUCGCCUUGUGCUUGUGGCUUCCUGACUGCUUCCGCUCGGGUUUGGCUAGUUUAAGAAUCUUGCUGGGAGAUCAGGGACGUAAAGGCGCCAUCUUGACGCACUUCUAUGCAAGUUUGUCAGCAAAUUGCCUCAACACUUGUGUUCUUUCAGGAAUAGCUUGGUGAUCUAAGUAACCUUGGAAAUGGUCAGCGGGAGGCCCGUGAAUGGGGAAUUGGAUGCAUGGUUCAAUAGCCUCAUGGUGUCUUCUAGCAGCGAGAGGGGGCAGGCUGAAAGUGGUGGUGCAAUGCCUACGUUAUCAGGUUGGAAGGAUCUUCCAAUGGAGUUGCUGCUGCGGAUUAUAUCAAUAGUUGGAGAUGAUAGGAUGGUCAUUGUUGCAUCUGGUGUUUGCACUGGCUGGCGUGAUGCACUGGGAUGGGGUGUCACUAAUCUUACCCUCUCAUGGUGCAAGCAGAACAUGAAUAACUUAAUGAUAUCACUUGCUCGCAAGUUUACUAAGUUGCAAGUUCUCACUCUUCGGCAAAAUAAACCUCAGCUUGAAAAUAGUGCAGUAGAAGCUGUUGCCAACUACUGUCAUGAUCUACGUGAGUUAGACCUCAGCAGAAGCUUCAGGCUCAGUGACCGCUCCUUGUAUGCAUUGGCCCAUGGAUGCCCACGGCUUACAAGACUGAACAUCAGCGGGUGUUCCAAUUUCAGUGAUACUGCCUUGACUUACCUUACUUGCCGCUGUAAAAACCUGAAGUGCUUGAAUUUGUGUGGAUGCGUGAAAUCUGCUACGGACAGAGCUUUACAGGCCAUUGCUCAGAAUUGUGGGCAGCUGCAAUCUUUAAACCUAGGCUGGUGUGAGGAUGUCACAGAUAAGGGAGUGACCAGCUUAGCAUCGGGAUGUCCUGAUCUCAGAGCUUUAGACUUGUGCGGUUGUGUUCUUAUAACAGAUGAGAGCGUGGUUGCUCUUGCCAACGGAUGUCCUCACCUUCGAUCUUUAGGCCUGUACUACUGCCAGAACAUCACAGACCGUGCCAUGUACUCCCUCGCAAACAGCCGUGUGAAGAGCAAGCGCGAGAGGUGGGAUAAGGUGAAGGACGAAGACGGGCUCGCAAACCUCAACAUCAGCCAAUGCACGGCCCUGACGCCUCCGGCCGUGCAGGCGGUCUGCGACUCCUUCCCGGCGCUCCACACUUGCCCUGGGAGGCACUCCCUCAUCAUCAGCGGCUGCCUCAGCCUGACGUCCGUCCACUGCGCCUGCGCCCUCUACCGGCACCGUGCUGGAAGAGCCCUGUUGCCCAACCAUGCUUACUAGGCGUGUUUGCGCACUUGGUUCUAGUGAGUCCCAUUUGUCUGGUGGUGGUGGUGGUGUCGUCUUUCCGGCCUAGAGGAAGCUGUGUACAUAAUCUCGGGACAUGGUGGUGUAAUAAGACACUGCUAUCUGUAGGACUUUGUGUGAUAAUCAUGGAGUGUCGAGUGCCUGGAGAGUUGCAUGUACACUCCCAUGCCACCCAGGACAUUGACUAGAAAUGUUAUGUUAUAAAGUUGGUUCCUAAA